AUGGUGCUACCUUCAGGAGAAGAUAGAACAAGAACCUUACCCGACUCAAAUGAUGCGAAUCUGCCAAUGUACUGUUUGUUCGUCGCGUUUGUUUCUGUUCUUACCUCGUUCCAAAAUGGAUGGAAUACUAGCGUUACCAAUAUGCCUGAGCACGUAAUAAGAGGCUGCGAAAAUAGAAGUGGGAAAAACUGGCUACCAGAUUGUUUACCAAUGAAUAAUUUAUUAUGGGGUUUCGCGGUAGGAAGCUAUGCCCUUGGUGGUCUAAUUGGUGGUCUUUCUGCCGGGCACUUGCAAACUAAAUUCGGCCGACGCCGUACUUUGAUGUUUAAUAAUGUCAAUUUUCUAUUAGGUGCAUUGAUUCAAGGAAUCUCUGUGCAACCUUCAAUGUUUGUUAUUGGACGAUUAUUAACCGGAAUUGGAAGCGGGAUCGGAACUGUGACUGUUCCCACUUACUUGGGGGAAAUUGCAACUAUAAAUGCCCGUGGAUUUUUCGGAACAAUCAAUCAAAUAUUCAUCGUUACUGGAAUAGUCUUUACUCAAGCAAUAGGAUUUACAUUGGACUUUAUUCCAGGCUGGCGAAUAUUACUUGCACUUACCGCUGCUCCUGCAUUAGCACAAAUAUUGUUGCUUCCGUUUUGCGUUGAGUCACCGCGAUAUCUAAUUUCACAGCAUAAAAUUGAUGAAGCCAGAGAAGCAUUAAAAAGACUUCGACACGGAUUCAGUAUAGACAAAGAAUUCGAUGAGAUUGUUGAAGGACAAAGAGAAAUUGAAGUGGAAGAAACAUCGGAAGGACGAGGAAAUGGGAUCUCAAUGCGCAAAUCCUUGACAUUUGUUGAAUUGUUUAAAGAACAAUCGAGUAGAAAGAUGACGUUAAUUUGUCUGGGUCUGUCGGCUUUGCAACAGUUGUGCGGAAUUAAUGGAAUUAUUAUUUACAGUAAUGAGAUCUUUUCUAACGCCUUUCAUGAAAAAGCGAAAUAUGCAACUGUUGGGAUGAGCGUUACAAAUUUAAUCACCACUAUUUCUUCUCUCGGAUUGAUUGACAAGAAAGGACGAAGACCACUUUUACUUUCAUCCGAAAUCGGAAUGUCUGUCAGUUCGAUUCUCGUUGUCGUUGGAUUAUUGUUCAAGAUAAAUAUUCUCAUAAUUGUCGCUGCUAUAUUUUUCGUCAUUACGUUUUCUAUCGGACUUGGACCUAUCCCAUUUUUAAUUAUCGCGGAAUUGGCACCAACACAUAGUGUCAGUGCAACCGCAUCUGCUGCAAUGGGUCUAAACUGGUUUUGUAACUUUCUGGUGGGUUGGGUAUUCCCAGUGCUCAUAGAAACAUUGCAAGGUUGGACCUUUCUUGUUUUCGCAAUAAUUACGAGUUUUGGCUUUGUAUUGACAUAUAUGUGGAUUCCAGAGACUAAGGGUCGUAGUAUCGAAGCCAUAAGUCGAGAAAUUCGAGAAGGCGUAGUGAUCUUGGAUGAUAAUGGCAAGACUUCCGAUGAGGUGGCAUACGAAGAAAUUGUUGAAAACCCAAAUUCAGAACUUGAUAUUAACAUUUUGUUUGAUGCUCUGGAAGCAUUAAGCGUUUUGUCAUCAUUUAAUAAAAUUUAUCAUUCGAAGACCAUAUUUAUGCUAGAAUUGCAUAUACGAACAUGGAUUGCAGUUUUGGCAACCAUUUGUAAUGCUGAAAUGACAAAAAUACUUGAAAAAGGCGUGCAUUUUUUCAAUCAUGAAUAUUCAGAAUUUAAUCCCGAUAAAGAAGAACCAAUUCAUCUUCAGAAUAUGAGCAUUAAUUUUCUUCUCAUUCACCUUCGAGACACCCUUCAUGCUAUGGAGAUUCAUCAAUCCACUUUCACAGAAAUUAGGGAACGAACUGAGGCAUUGUUUUCUUCAAUAUUACCAUUCUUUGGUAACGGUAAUAUUGCAUUAAACUCGGUAACACCAGUGAGCUUAUUAAUGAACACAAAUUCGAUGCAUUUUUUUAAUGGAUUGCGAACUGCGUUUACCUUUAAAUAUCCAAUUUCUGAUUGGUAUCGAGAAUAG